UUCCUUAUCUCUUGGAUAGUAGAGAUACCAUUAAAGUUGAGAAACAGGUUCAUAUGUCCGACAGUGCGAAUCUCCUAACAAUGUGUGUAGCUGUCAAAUCAAAUUUCCCCAAAUUUAAAAAUAGUACGUGGAUGAUUUUUAUCCGAUUAUUUUAAAGACAUAUAAUAACCAAAAUAAAGUCAAAAUUGAUUGGAAAGAAAGAAAGAAGAAGAAGAAGAUCUAGAGAGAUGGAAGAGGAACUCAAGAACUUGAUCAAGGUUUGGGUUUCUGCAAUCAUCUCCGUAUCUUAUUGUUACUACUUAUCAACCAGAAUCAAAGCUGGUGUAUUUCGAUUACUCUCUGUUCUCCCGGUUGUUGCUCUGUUUCUUCUUCUUCCUCUGUUUUUCUCCUCCCUUCACUUAUCUGGAGCCGCAGCGUUUUUCUUCACAUGGCUCGCCAAUUUCAAACUCAUCCUCUUCUCCUUUGAUAAAGGUCCUCUUUUCCCACUUCCCCAAAACCUCUCCCGAUUCAUCUACUUCACUUGCUUCCCCAUCAAGCCUCAACAAAACCCUAAAUCUCAAAAUCAGAUCCCCAAAUGGGUUUUCGCCAUUAAAGUCGCCGUCUUUGGUGUGUUGCUACAUAUCUACGAUUACAAACAACACUUGUCUCCGACUGUGCUAUUGGUUCUUUACUCUCUGCAUAUAUACUUAGAACUCGAGAUUCUCUUAAUGCUCGUCAAAGUUUUGGUCUUUAUCUCUCUUGGGUGCGAUCUUGAGCCACAAUCCAAUGAGCCAUACUUAGCCACUUCUCUACAAGAUUUCUGGGGUCGUCGGUGGAACCUCAUGGUCCCGGCGAUCCUCCGGCCAGCCGUUUACGAGCCGGUGCAGCGAAUCGCAAAACGGAAAUUGAGCUCUGAUCAGGCUAGGUUACUGGCGGUUUUGGCCACGUUUUUCGUCUCCGGUGCAGUUCACGAGCUGAUAUUCUUUUAUGGUACACGUGAGAUGCCUACGGGAGAGGUCACUUUGUUCUUUGUGAUACAUGGAGUUUGCACGGCGGCGGAAGUAGCGGUGAAGAAGCUGACUUUUGUGCGGCGGUGGAAGAUGAGUCCGUUGGUUUCUCGACCGAUCACGGUAGGGUUUGUGGUUUUGACGAGUGGUUGGUUGUUUUUCCCUCCUCUUGUAAGGAAUGGCUUGUUCGAGAGAAUCACUAACGAAGCCUUGUUGUCCAUUGAUUUUGUCAAGCUCAAGUUUUUUACUUUUUGGUGAUUUAAUAUAUCGCAGAACCAUGAAUCAUGGAUUUAUCAAUUCAUGUUACUUUGUGGUUAUGUGAUUCAUAGGUUGAGUAGAUCAUCUACUGUAGAUGUCAAAUCUUGGAAACGUCUAUCAUCUAGUCGAUGAAAUGAUCAAUUUUCAAGAAACCUCGAUUAUUAAAACUUAUGUUUAAGAAGACUCUUU